AUGUCACGUGGCGACUCCGGGUAUAUGAGUUAUGACUCCAUUUAUGGUCUUAAAUCAGAUGGAAGUAGCCGUGAUAAUUACGAAAAAUUUGAUGCUUAUAAUGAUUAUGUUGAAGAUGGUCAAAGCACGCAAAUUUCAGGACAUGAUAACAAUUUUAAUGAAAAUGAUCUAAAUGAACACACAUAUUACACAACGUUUAAUAAUUCCACAAACAUUGAUUAUAAAUCUAAUUAUAACCAGCGCAUGUAUGCGCGUUCUCCUUCAUCCACACCAUCACCUUUAAAUCCUCCAUUGGAACAUAUAGAAAAUAAUGGCAUCGUUCUGGGUUCACAUCAAAGAGUAGUUCAUAGGUCAACAGCGUCAAAAAAUAACAAUACUUUGGGAUCUCCAAUGUUUCCUCCUCCACUUCCACAAUAUUCUCCGAGAUUAUCACCAAUGCAACAUCCGAAUAAUAAUUCUCCCACAUUCAGACCGCCCCCAUCACCAAAACUUUUUCCAAGAGGUUCAUCACUGAAAGGAAAUGACAAUAAUGUAGUACCGAUUAACUCACGGGAUCGAUUUAAUAAUCAUACUUCAUUGCCUGCCACAACAAAUAGACAGCGUCCACAGCAUGUUAAUCAUCGCUCUAAUACGCAUGAUGGCCAGAUACAGCUUCCUCCUCUUCAACAAUUUAAUUCACAAAUUCUUCCUAAAUCCGAUGAAUCGCCAUCUUCGCCGUAUGAUUUUUUUGAUUUAAUUAAUGAAUAUUCUGAAUUUACCAGUAUAUCUGAGAAACCUGAAAAACCUAAUACACCUAAUAUCGAUAAAACACCCUCGCCACAAGAAGCAAAAAACCGAAAACGUGAUGCCGCUGUUACCGAAAUCCUUACUACUGAACGAACUUACGUCGAUGGUCUGAGAAAACUUGUGAAUUUUUUCUUAAUACCUUUACGAGAAAACUAUAAAUCUGCUCAAAAAAGCAUCUUGUCUACCAAGCCUCUUGCUACAUCCGAGGAUAUUGCAUCUUUAUUUGGUAAUAUCGAACCAUUAUUGUCAUUUCAUGAAGAAUUAUUGAAAUUUUUAGAAGAAAGAUAUAAAAAAUGGAGUCCAACAGAAAAGAUCAGCGAUAUAUUCUUACAAAACGCACCUUAUUUAAAAAUGUAUAGUGCUUAUUUAAAAGGUUUUCCGCAAGCCAUAGCAACUAUGGAGCGUCUCAAUAAAGAGAGUAAAGAUUUUAAAAAAUUUAUUCAGAGUUGUCAAGGAAAACCAGAGCUAGGAAAUUUACCUUUCAAUUCUUUUUUAAGUUUGCCAAUUCAACGAAUACCUCGUUACAAGUUAUUGCUAGAGGCUUUGUUAAAACACACCGAGAAUACACAUCCUGACUAUAUAAAUCUUGAACAAUGUGUACAGCAAAUUAGUUUGAUUGCCGAGGAAGUUAAUGAAAAAAUACGAGAUGCUGAAAAUCAGCAAAAAGUAUUAGAAAUUCAAAACAAAGUCGAAAGACUACCGGACAAUAUAAUAGAUCCUGCUCGAAGAUUCAUAUACCAAGGAGAUCUAUAUAAAGUUACCCAGCGAUCGUCACCCGUGAGGCCAUACUUCAUAGCAACAGAAGAUAGACGUGCCCAUUUUUUAUUUAAUGAUCUACUUCUUCUUUGCAUAGAAUUCCAAGGGAAGCUAUUGUAUACUGGACAAAUUAAUUUAAAUAAAUCAUAUCUGAUUGAUAUUGAUGAUAAUGAUGCAGAUCAACCUUUCUGUUUUCAAAUAAUCACUACAACAACGGAGGGAAGGGAAGCAUGCCACACGGUUCGAGCUACUACAGCUGGGGAAAAAAUGGAGUGGAUUACACGAAUUGAUAAUGCACUCAAAGCGCUGAAAAGGGGAAUAAGAAAUAAUCCCGGUAUAAAAUAA